AUGGCUUCACUCGACACUCUGGACAUCCUGGUCCUGGCAGUUCUGCUGCUAGGAACCAUUGCAUAUUUCACCAAGGGCACGUAUUGGGCGGUACAGAAGGACCCAUAUGCCAGUUCCAUGGCCAAUGGCGCAGCAGCCAAAUCUGGCAAGAGCAGAAACAUCCUCGAGAGAAUGGAAGAGUCGGGCAAGAACUGCGUUAUCUUCUACGGAUCUCAAACCGGUACAGCCGAGGACUAUGCUUCCCGCUUAGCCAAGGAAGGCUCCUCGAGAUUUGGCUUGAAGACGAUGACCGCGGAUCUGGAAGAGUACGACUAUGAGAAUCUGGACCAAUUCCCAGAGGACAAGAUCGCCUUCUUCGUGCUGGCAACAUAUGGUGAGGGAGAGCCAACGGACAACGCUGUGGAGUUCUACGAAUUUAUCGGCGGCGAGGAUGUAUCUUUCAGCGAGAAGAGCUCGGAGGAGAAGCCAUUGGAGAGCCUGAAGUACGUGGCCUUUGGUCUCGGAAACAACACAUACGAGCACUACAACUCCAUGGUCCGCAAGGUGGAUGAGUAUCUGACCAAGCUUGGCGCACAGCGUAUUGGCGAUGCUGGAGAGGGCGACGACGGUGCUGGAACAAUGGAAGAAGACUUUCUCGCUUGGAAGGAGCCUAUGUGGGCUGCAUUGGCAGAUGCCAUGAACCUCGAGGAGCGUGAAGCUGUAUACGAACCGGUCUUCGAGAUCACUGAACAACCAGACCUGACUCCUGAGCACGACACCGUCUACCUUGGCGAGCCUAACAAGAACCAUCUUGAGGGCACUUCCAAGGGACCAUACAACGCGCACAACCCAUACAUCGCACCAGUCGCUUCAUCCAAGGAGAUCUUCCACGACAAGAGCAGGAACUGUUUGCACAUGGAGAUCGAUAUCUCUGGCUCCAAUCUGUCCUACACAACUGGUGACCACAUUGCAGUCUGGCCAAACAACGCAGGUCGCGAGGUCGACCGUCUUCUGAAGGCCAUUGGUCUCGGCAACAAGCGCGAGACAGUGAUCAAGGUCAAGGGUCUCGAUGCGACUGCGAAGGUUCCUUUCCCAACACCUACCACAUACGAAGCCGUGCUCCAAUAUCAGCUCGAAAUCGCCGCUCCAGUAUCCCGGCAGUUUGUAUCGACACUCGCUCAAUUCGCACCAAACGACGAUGUGAAGGAGAAGUUGACCAAGCUUGGAGGUGACAAGGAUGCAUUCGCUGAGGAAGUCGCCAAGAAGCACUUCAACAUCGGUCAGUUCCUUGAGCACAUCGGUGGAGGCCAGAACUUCGAGAAGAUCCCAUUCUCGCUCCUCAUCGAAGGUCUCAACAAGAUCCAGCCACGUUACUAUUCUAUCUCCUCCUCGUCGCUCGUCCAGAAGAACAAGGUCGGCAUUACAGCAGUCGUCGAGUCGGUUGAGGUUCCCGGCGCACCGCAUGUGGUCAAGGGUGUAACAACCAACUAUCUACUCUCCCUGAAGCUCCAGCAGGAAGGUCACGACAACCCAGAUCCACACGGCUUGAACUAUGCGAUCAAGGGACCUCGCAAUAAGUACGACGGCAUCCACGUACCAGUCCACAUCCGGCACUCGAACUUCAAGCUCCCUUCAGAUCCCAGCAAGCCCAUCAUCAUGGUCGGUCCAGGAACUGGUGUCGCUCCAUUCCGUGCUUUCGUCCAGGAAAGAGCACAGCAAGCCAAGAACGGCGAGAAUAUCGGCAAGACAAUUCUUUUCUUCGGUUGCAGGAACUCGCACGAAGACUUUAUCUACAAGGAUGAGUGGGAGCAAUGGACCAAAGACUGCGCCGGCCAAUUCGAAAUCGUCACCGCUUUCUCCCGCGAACAAGAAAAGAAAGUCUACGUGCAACACCGCCUCAAGGAGCGGGCGGAGGAAAUCAAUAAACUUCUCGAGCAAAAGGCAUACUUCUACGUCUGUGGUGACGCCGCGAACAUGGCAAGGGAGGUCAACGAGAUUCUUGCUGCGAUCAUCUCGGAGCAGAGGGGAGUGGAUAAGAAGAAGGGUGAGGAUGCCGUGAAGAGCAUGAGGGCAGCCAACCAAUACCAGGAGGAUGUGUGGUCGUAG